AUGAAGAAUCAGUUCCCAGCUGAGCAGACAGACGAGAUCAAUGCAAUUAUUAGCUGCUUCGGGGAGGAGUUUGUGUCAUUGGACACGAAUGGGGACGAGCUGGCGGGAACUAUUCUCGUGGUACUGGAGCCACGAUCGCAUCCAAUAAUCAUUUCUGUUGAUGGCAAAGAUUAUGGGCGAUUUGAAACGACUCAGUUAUCUCCCGUGGAACUGCGGUUCCGCCUUCCUGCUGAGUACCCAGCUCAGAAGGCAGUCGUUGACGUAGACUGUCUAUGGCUGCCUAUUACCCUGAGAAACACGAUGCUCGAGCGCCUCGACGUUAUCACUAAUGAGAACGUCGGAUUCCCUGUGCUAUUCUUGUGCUACGAAGAUGUGAAGAAGUUGGUGGAUGAAACUCCUAUCAGCGAGCUGCACUUGACAGAGAACAACCUAGCGAAACAAAAGGGUGUUACUCCAAUCAAAUUUCUGGAAAUGAUUCGGGAAGAAUGCGAAAAAGCCGAGAAACUCGAAUUCGAUGCCCACUGUUACGAUUGCGAUGUGUGCUUCGAGAAUAAAGUAGGCAGCCAAUGUGUCCGUUUCUAUCCAUGUCGUCACACUUUCUGUAAAGACUGUGUCACCGCAUACUUCAACGAAAAACUCACUGCUCAGGAUAUCACACCACUUACCUGCCUCGCUGAUGGCUGCGACUCAACUGUUCCUCAAAAACUUAUCGUUGAACUUUCAGGAAAGGAUGCUUUUGACCGAUAUGAGCGAAUACUUCUUUCUCGAGUACUGGAUACGAUGGAAGAUUUAGCUGUAUGCCCUAGAAUUGCAUGUCAGAAACCAGCUGCCAGAAGUCAGACAAAUGAAAACUUGGCGACGUGUUUGGUCUGCGGUCAUUCAUUUUGCCUCAAAUGUCGCAGAACUUUCCAUGGACUCCAACCAUGCAAGAAGAAAUUUGAAAUCUCUGUUUCUGCAUUGGUUGACAACGGAGAUGGAACCUGGGGAUUGCGGGAAGUGACGCUUUUGGAGUAUUUGAAAGCGAGUCCGGAAGAAAGAAUAGAGAUGGGGUGGUGGUACGGCGGAAUUGAAAAUUUGGAGGCUGAAAUGGAGGAGGCGAUGAGGAAAGCAGAUGGUCACAGCUAUAUGUGGAUUCAAGAAAAUAGCAAGAAGUGUCCGAAGUGCUCAAUACCAAUACAGAAGACCGAAGGCUGCAACAAAAUGGUGUGCGCCUACUGUAAGACGUUCUUCUGCUACAGAUGCGAAGAAGUAAUUAACAAAAAUGACCCAUAUUCGCAUUUCCAAUCUGGGAAGUGUGAAGGGCAGUUGUUCGACUACGAUGGAGAUUGAAAGACUAGCAUUACAAACACGAGCAAACGUAAAGAAUCGACGC